UUACUUUUACUGGAAAUAAUACAUAUUAAUAUCCAACAACAGCAAACAAAGCAAUUGUAGGAGCAUCACCAGUACACGUUCACUGAACGAGAACGCCAACUCUCAAUGCGUCGGAAUCGUAGAAAACCACAACGUAAACAACGUCGUCGUAAAAUCACCAAAGGCAAACAACAUCGCAAAACCGUCAGCAGCAAACAAAGUCUAGAGCGCCGAAGAAUCGAGCGGCAGCAAGAGAAAUUGCGAAAAAUGUCAUUGAAAUUUGGUAAAACCGUCGCUCCAAAUUUCGGACGCGCUUUUCAAAAUAGCAAACGUCAACUCACAAAGCAUCCAUACUUGAACUACUUGCGACACUUUAAGAGUAAACAUCCCAGUUACGGAUUCACACGUAUACUACGUGAAGGUGCUGAGUCAUGGAAGCGCAUGUGCCCCGAGGAGAGGCAAAAUUUCACACAGAAGGAAGUGUUAAAAAGUCUACGCAAAAGUUCAAAUAUUCCCAGCAAAUUCGAUUUGUUUUCUAAACGUCCCGUGCAGUUCGACUAUUAUCCACGUUCGCUUAGUGUCAGACGCAAUGUUGCACGCAAACUACGAAAUCGAAAUUUAUUGCCACGCCAGGACAGGCGAGGCAGGGCAUCCGUCAAUCCAAGAAUUUGGCAAAAUUUUAAUCAAAUUCAAACAGAGCGUCGUUGGUGGCUAUGAAUUAUCUAGUUGUUGUUAUACCGAUAUGGUUGUCUAAAUUACUUAAGCUAUAGUC